UCUCACAGCCCUGCUCGCCACGACUUUUUAUGUGUCUCUAAGAUUUCCCCAUCUGGACUGAGAUCAUCAUCCCCAAUUAUAAACAUUAUUUUAUUCAAUUUUCACCCACUUCUCCCUAAAUGCCAAACAUAAAAGAAACUUUAAAGCUCUCACCAACUUCAGAACAAACCCCUACUCGUCUCUCUCUAUACUGAUUCAAGACUCCAUCUUUUGUCACUCUGAAGCACAUCGAUAGUUUCUAUUGAGCAGAUAUAAUUGACCCAUUAUUCUCUUUUCUUCGUGGGUUUGCCAAAUUUUGAUAUUGAAGUUGUUUACUGGGGACGGUGUUUUCAGUGCGGUGUCAUGGUUCGAUCUCCUCAAUUGACUCUAAAGAGGUUGUAUCUGAAUUUCUGAGACGGAACUGAAAACCAUGGAAAUCGAAAGUGGGAUUUCCAAAAAACGAGUGAAGAAAGAAUCAUGGAAGACUGUUUUGACUUUGGCUUACCAGAGCCUUGGAGUUGUAUACGGAGACCUAAGCACGUCCCCGCUGUAUGUUUUUAGGAACACAUUUUCUGAAGACAUCGAACAUUCAGAGACAAAUGAAGAGAUUUUUGGGGUUUUAUCUUUCAUUUUCUGGACUCUCACUUUGGUCCCUCUUCUUAAGUAUGUAUUCAUUGUCCUUAAAGCCGAUGAUAAUGGUGAAGGGGGGACUUUUGCUCUAUACUCGUUGUUGUGUAGACAUGCCAGAGUCAACUCACUCCCAAAUUGCCAGUUAGCCGAUGAGGAUUUGUCUGACUAUAAGAACAUAACUCACCUUGACCCAAGUUCGUUUGGAUCAAGGUUGAAGAUUACACUGGAGAAGUAUAGGGUUCUGCAAAAAUGCUUGCUUGUUUUGGCCUUGACUGGUGCUUGUAUGGUCAUUGGUGAUGGUGUUCUUACACCCGCUAUAUCAGUUUUCUCUGCUGUUUCUGGAGUGGAAUUUGCUGUGGCAAAAGAACAUCACAAAUAUAUAGAAGUACCAAUUGCAUGUGUCAUACUGAUUGCCUUAUUUUCCCUUCAACAUUAUGGGACUCACAAGGUCGGAUUUCUGUUUGCACCCGUGGUCAUAAUAUGGCUCGUGUGCAUCAGUGGUAUUGGAAUAUAUAACAUCUUUUAUUGGAACCCUCAAGUCUAUAAGGCAAUCUCUCCUUAUUACAUGUAUACUUUUUUGAGAAAAACCCAAAGAAAUGGUUGGAUGUCCCUUGGUGGGAUCCUUUUAUGUAUUACUGGCUCAGAGGCAAUGUUUGCUGAUUUAGGACAUUUCUCACAGUCGUCAAUCAAGCUAGCUUUCACAUGCGUGGUUUAUCCAUCUCUUGUUCUUGCUUAUAUGGGACAAGCUGCAUAUCUUUCUAAACAUCACUUUGAUGACAAUGACUAUCAAGUGGGAUUUUACGUCUCUGUUCCAGAUAAAUUAAGAUUGCCAGUUCUUGUUAUAGCAAUAUUUGCUGCAGUGGUGGGGGGUCAAGCCAUUAUUACAGGAACAUUUUCAAUAAUCAAACAAUGUUCUUCUCUAGGCUGCUUCCCAAGAGUAAAAGUUGUUCAUACCUCAUCCAAAGUUCAUGGACAGAUAUACAUCCCCGAGAUCAACUGGAUCUUAAUGAUAUUGUGUUUGGCUGUAACUAUUGGUUUCAGAGACAUAAAGAGUAUGGGCAAUGCUUCAGGCUUGGCAGUUAUAACGGUCAUGUUGGUGACCACAUGCUUGAUGUCUCUCGUCAUUGUUUUAUGUUGGAACCAGAGUGUCUUCCUCGCGAUAGCUUUUGUGUUCUUUUUCGGAACGAUCGAAGCUCUCUAUUUCUCGGCAUCCCUCAUAAAGUUUCUAGAAGGUGCAUGGGUCCCAAUCAUACUCGCUUUCAUAUUCAUGUUCGUCAUGUACGUUUGGCACUACGGAACGUUGAAAAAGUAUGAAUGUGACGUCCAAAAUCGGGUCUCAGUCGACUGGCUCCUCGGCAUAGGCCCCAGCCUCGGUAUCAUAAGAGUGCGAGGAAUUGGCCUCAUUCACACUGAACUAGUAUCGGGGAUCCCAAAUAUUUUCUCCCAUUUCGUUACCAACCUUCCGGCUUUCCAUCAGGUUCUAGUAUUCAUUUGCAUAAAGUAUGUUCCGGUUCCUCGUGUAAAAAACGAAGAACGUUUUCUUGUGGGCCGUAUUGGGCCUAGAGAAUUCAGGAUUUAUCGGUGCAAUGUUAGAUACGGUUAUCGCGAUAUUCGAAAGGAUGAUGUCGAGUUCGAGACGGACCUGGUUUGCAGUAUAGCCGAGUUCAUAAGAUCUGGUGCUGGCAGGAUGGAUGAUCAAGAGGACAUAAACAACGAGAAGCAAGAUGAGAAGAGGAUGAUGGUUGUAGGGACGGCUUCAACAGGAAACCAAUUGGAAAUAAUCCAAAUGAGGGAGGAAGUGGAGACGAAAGAUGAGUCUUCGUCAUCAUCAUCUUGUGGCGGAUUUAGUAAGGAAAUAGAAUCGACAACGACAAUUAUGCCGAAGCAGCAGCCGAGAAAGAGGGUGAGGUUUAUGAUACCCGAGAGCCCGAAAAUUGAUAAUGGGACGCAAAAGGAGUUGCAUGAUCUAUCUGAAGCAAGAGAAGCCGGGGUGGCAUAUAUAUUGGGGCAUUCUUAUGUUAGGGCAAAGAAAGGAUCUGGGUUUUUAAAAAAAAUGGUUAUAAAUUAUGGAUAUGAUCUCUUAAGAAGAAACUGUAGGGCACCUUCAUAUGCAUUAACUUUACCUCAUGCAUCUACCUUGGAAGUUGGAAUGGUGUAUCAUGUAUAAAUUUCUUUUACUUUAGG